AUGGCAUCGGACAAUAACUUUUAUAGUGACGAUGAUGAUCUGUUUUUUGAAAUUUUCUGUCUUGUAUGGUUUGAUGAUCGUACGAAUGCUAAAGAAGCCCGAGAUGCAGAAGAAAAAUUACGUUCUAUUGUGAAUAAUCUCAAAAGAUUUCAAGGUGCAGAACAAUGUCAAAGAUAUAUUGAAGAAAGAUCAAAAUAUAAACAAAUAGUUAUGAUUGUUAGCGGUCGAUUGGGACUUGAAAUAGUUCCUUCUAUUCAUCACCUUCGACAAAUUAUAUCAAUAUAUGUGUAUUGUCUCAAUAAGGAAAGUCAUGAAAAAUGGGCUUGCAAAUUUGCAAAAGUAAAAGCUGUUGUUAUAAAACUAGAUGAGCUCAUAUCAAGAAUUAAAGAUGACCAUAAAAUUCAGAAAGUUAUUAAAGAACCAUUAUCAAUUAAUUUAUUUACAACAGUUUCUGUCGCAAGUAAAUCAACAACUGGCAUAAAUGGUAAUACUAUUGAAUUGAACAAUCUUCGCGAAUUCGAAACAAUUUAUUCACCUGAUAAAGUUUCAUGGUGUGAAAAUAUUCAUAUUAUUUUUUUAUUGCGUGCAUUUAUUUCUGAUAUUCAACAUCAAUUGAAAAAUCUUCAGACUCAAAAGUCUCUAAAAGUCUAUCGAAGUCAAAUGAUAUCAAAUGAUGAACUUAAAACUUUAAAAGAAAGUCGUAGUCAAUUUAUUUCAGUCAAUUCAUUUUUUUCCACCAGUAUUAGUUAUCAACAAGCUCUUUCAUUUCUCAAUGUUCUUGAUGAUAUAGACAAUUUAGAACUCGUAUUAUUUGAAAUCGAUGUUGAUCCUAACAUGGCUACUACAAAACCAUUUGCUGAUAUUAGCUCACAUAGUGAAUCAAAUGAUGAAUCUGAAAUGCUCUUUAUGGUUGGUUCUAUUUUCCGUUUGAACAGCGUGAGUCGCAGUAGUGAUGAUCCAGUAUGGAUUAUUCGAAUGACUCUGUGUAAUGAGAAUGAACAUGAUUUAAAACAAGUUCUUAUGUAUAUGAAACAGCAACUUGAAGAUGGAGAAACGAACCUUCGAACAUUAGGAAAAUUACUACAGUAG